AUACUGAAGGCGAAUAGAUCCGCGAGAGGCUCUGGAUGCUAGCUUUCAUCUUAACCAGGGUUUACUGGGUUAUCUUAGCUUACUAUGAUUUAUCAGGUCCGCCAACUUCAAGUUCAACACCCUCGCGCUAGCACAGAUGUUCAAAAGUGGAGAGGGGAAUUUGGUUGGACUCGCAUCACACCCGAAAUGGAAGGUCACAACUUACACUCCCUAGUUUCAAAGACGGGCAAUAAUCGAUGUGUUGUGUCGCGUGUUAGCAGUGUUGUUGGCACCGCCCGAAUCUAUCCUACUUCAAUGGCACCCAUACCGAAGCAUGGCUCGUUACGGACUCACCCUUAGUCUCCCUCCACUGAUCUGAGGAACGAAUUGAUCAAUGAUGAAACGAGGCUGUGUUUAGCGAAGGGAAUAGUAGUACGUUAUAAUCUUUUACUCUUGCGCCUACUAUUCACUCCUACUGAGAGAAAGCUCUCUCGCUGAAGGCGGUGGAUGUGAGCGAGGAUGUAAAGGGCUGCCAUAAAUGCAUGUCAAAACCGGGGCCGAACUUGUCUCAAAUCUUGUGGGACACGGUGAAGAUGUGAUACUGCCCAACCGUGGGCGCGCGGAAGUUAUCCCCUUGGGUAUUACCGUACCCCUGAGGUCUGAUGACCCAGAGGCAAAUCCUCUUCCAAGGAAAGCUAUACUAGACAUGUUAGUGAUAAUCUUGCAGUGGGCAUAACAUCGACUGACUGGCCUCAGAGGUGGAAUAUAUCUCUAGACGUCAACGAUCCUGAUGGAUCAUCUCUUGACUUUAGUCCGUUUGAGAUGGUGUUUAAGGGAACUUGUGUCACGUUUGACGAAAUUCAAGACGAAAUUCAGGAUGUUGAUUAUCCCUCGAACAUUUACAGGAUAGGGUACUAUUCGCAAUUGCAUCUAAAACCUGGCUUGCCUGUCAAGUUCAUAGGACACUUCGUACGCCAAUUAUGAACGGGAUUGUACAGUCGAUCUUCCUAAAUAAGGGGGCGUGUGUUGACGUUCUCCGUUUCCCACUUGUUCAGUUUAUAAUCGUUCCACCCGCCCGUACCUCUCUAUGGCGACCCGUUUAUAUAAUGUCAUAACUAGUCAACAACUUCCACCUUGGUAGGACGAGCGCGUGAACAUACCUAACUGUACCAGAAUAUAUUUGACCCUCACCUGGGUUGCCAGGACGCAUGGGCCAUAGGCGCGGAUGUAACUUGUCACCAGCGCCUCUUUUCCAGAGGUGAACGCUCGAUUGGGUUAUAUCUUCUUCAACAUACCCAUCUUUAGGCAGGAUGUCUUUGCUUAAGGGUGCGCUGAUAGUGACAGAGCCAACCUUUACAAAAUAGGAUAGCAUUUUUCAAAGCGUUAACGCCGGGUUCAGCAACAGAGGUAAAGCAGCGGUAUUUGUCCACGAUGACCACAUGUGCAUGGGCAGUAAUCCGGAUUUUGAUACUCCUAAGGCACUAGAGCCGAUCAAGAAACAGCCAAUGAAAGUCAUAGACGUCGUGGAGAGUUCCUGAGGGUUGUGGAGAUCCGGAUCUUGCGCAGGCCUGCGCCAGGGAGAAGUUCGGAGUUAAUGACACCUCCAGGUGUUUAGUGCAUCUGAGGAGAGCGGGAGGUGAAAUAACUUCCCUGAAUUUUCUUCAGAAGAGGCGGUUUCUCACAGUAUCCACUGAAGGCCUGGAGAGAUCGCAUGUCGGCGAGUACAAACGUUGUCGACCCAUAUAUCGAUAACAGGCAUUCCGAGGAGCUAUAGCAGGUUAGCAUACGUACAAUACCUCACUACUUGAAGGAGUCAUGCUCUCCCGAAUACACACAUAAUUUUGCACUAUAACAGCAUGGGUAUAUAAGCACUACGGGUCGGGACAUCAUUGUUUCCUCGCUGCCGUUUCUUCUCACAAGUCACUCCCGAAACCGAAAAUGUACACAUUGCCUGAUCACCGUGUAAUUCCGCAGCAAGUUCGCCGCAAGCCGAGGGAUUCAAAUAGGGGGAUUUGAGCCGGCGGCUGUAUUCAACAUUUAUCUUAUGGUGAUCAAGGGGAACACCAAGCUGAUUCCUUAACGCCUCGAUGUCCUGCUGUAGCUGGUCUUCCACUUGGUACUCUGUAGUACAUUGCCAACGGCAGAGAUGUGAAUUGUUGGCGUUGGUAAAGUUGCUAUGCCAUAGGAUAUGUGGGGGAAGUUUGUAGGAGUGCUAUAGCUCGAGGUAAAUCGAGUCUCGGAUCUCGCGGGGCAGGACGCUGAUAAAUCCAAAUUGGACUUGUGGGUUCAUAGCCAUGCUGUUGGUGGUUGGCUGGGCGGGGAUGCUAGAGUAAUGAAAGGUAGGAUAUUUCCGAUAACAGCGAGGGGUGUAUAUAGGUAUGCCUUCGCAUGUAUUCUUUCUUGAUAAGGCGAAAUUAUACACGCAUGCAAGCCGGGUGGGCGGUGGGUAGUAGUGUGUUGGCUACGCUUGUAGAACUAAUAGAGUUCGGCAAAUCUCUCCAUCAUGGAUGUAAUGGUUAAUAGAUCAACUGAAAGUGCGUGAGGUUGUCCCAGGAAAGUUCCAGGCCUCGAUGGUCACAAUGCCUUCUCGGCCUUGCUACGUUUCAGAGACCGGUUGGAUGGAUGGAGGUGGGCUGGUUCAGGUUCAGAAGUCCUGCCAUCGAACCAGCGACAUGUAGACGCCCAGAUUCUGCCGUACCGGGCUUUCAAGUAGGGAAUAUUCACGAAUCCACCUUAACAAAUAAACUCUUGUUAAAUAACACCUCUGGAUAGCCCCGCGUCCAGGGAGGUUGACGACAAGGCGACCUGACAGCACGAAUUAGGGCUAUGCCAGCACCAAUCAGGGCAAGACGCAGUGGCUUAGGGCUGCACCGUCCAUGCAGAACAUGCAUGACCUCCCGCAACGGAAUCUGCCUCACUGCUUCAGGCCAUUAGAAAAAAGUGGUAUAUAAAAUAGAGGAGCUUGUCCCACUUUUUGUCGUUUCUUUAUGAUUCAAUUUCACUCCUUUACCAUCUAAAUCAGUAGUCAACCGUUGUGGUUCUCAUGCUAACACUUUCAGAGGACUUUUGAAAUUCUGUCUACUGUCAACUCCUAUUAUACACUACUUGAUAAAUCGAUAAACUCGAUCUAUUUUUUUUCUACAUCUCGCGCGUAUAUGCUUGUCCGACUUUCAAACAACCAACUGCCAUAUAUCAACAAAGGAAGAAAGAAAGAAAGAAAAUGUCCGGCUUCAUGCGCUCCUUGAGGAAAGGGAUCAAGCGGGCGGAGAAGGGGAAGAGCAAGAUAUAUGACUGGGCGAAUCAACCGGCGUCUUCGCAAGACCAAUCACCUCAUCUUGAUCUGCCACCAGCUUACUCGCCCACGGAAAGAGAUCAGCAAUACAGCGUACGAAGUCAUGAGACCAUAGAAUACGCUCAGGAAUGCGCCGCUGAUACCUCGCCAUACGCCUUUCUUCGUGACUUCGACACCAUCCUCGUUGUCGACGACAGCGGAAGCAUGAUAGGCUCCAGAUGGCACGAAACCAGAGAAACAAUCGCAGCUAUAGCUCCAAUCUGCGCCGAGUUUGACGACGAUGGCGUGGAUGUAUACUUCUUGAACGAAAAUAACUGGGCGGAGCCAGCAACCGGAGGCUUCCUGAGAAUCAAAACAUCCGCUGCUGUUAACGAGCUCUUUGAUCGGGUUCAUCCAUCGGGACGAACGCCCGUGGGAGCUCGACUGUAUGACAUCCUCAAACCGUAUCUGAAACGCGUCGAAGAUAUGUCGAAGGCAGCUCCUUCUAGCCGAUUUAGCGGGUCACCUGUUAAACCGAUUAACAUCAUCGUGAUCACAGAUGGCAUCCCCACUGACGAUGUGGAAACGGUGGUGGUCAACGCAGCGAGACGGCUGGACAAAUGCGACGCGAAACCGUGGCAAGUGGGGAUCCAAUUUGUGCAAGUUGGCGAUGAUCCAUCCGCGAAGAAGUGGCUCCAGAGCCUCGAUGAUAUCCUACACAAGCGAUACGACAUUCGGGACAUCGUUGAUACAGCACCGUGGAGCGGGGCCGCCCUUACAUCGAACACGAUUUUGAAGAUCAUGCUGGGAGGGGUUGAUAAGAGAUACGACCGACAAGCUGUUUCCAAAGCGGGGGGCAGAUAGUGGUUCCUCCAUUUCUUUCUUCCGUCCUUCUUUCUUCCCUUUUUCCUCCUUUGUUCCCAUUCCGGGAUACCUUAACAGGUUUAUCACGUAUUUAUUUACUCAUCCCAACUUGCUUUAUUUUCAUUUCGGUUAUUAUUGGGUGAAGGAUCCCCUCAGAUUUUUGAUUCCCUCGUAUUCGGAUCUUGUAUUCGUAUCGAAUGGUGCCCUGAGCACUUCCAACACUUAAAAACAAUGUCAUUUUCUUAUCACUUCUGUUGUAGAUAUCUCAUACCGUCAUAUUCAUAUAAUUUUGCCUUAUAACUUUUCAAGUCUCUGCUCUCGAGAUAGCUAAAUCGCUACCAGAGGACGUUCACUGCCUAUCAACCAAUCGUCAGUCAGUCUCCAUAUAAAUGCUAUCAGAAAAACAGAGAAAAAAAGAAGAAUACCAAAUGAGUAACUAGCGCCUUGUAAUUCGUAAUCCAUGCACCAGAAAUUGGCGACAAAUAGCAGCAAUAAUCAGAAAACAAGUAUGCAACCAGAAUCAGUUUCUGAAAAAGUGCAUGUGCAGGCCCAAUCACACAUGU